GGGAAUCCACAACCCAGUCUGUUCAGACUCCUGCUUGUCUCUCAGCCAGCAAGAGCCCACCUCUCAGUCCCUUUACACAAUGGCACCGAAGAAGGUUGAACCAAAGAAGCCCGAGCCCAAAAAGCCGGAGCCCAAGAAGGACGCAGCUCCCGCCGCCAAGCCUGCUCCCACCCCCGAGCCUCAGCCGGAGAAACCCAAGGAGCCCGACUUUGACCCCAAGAGCAUCACUCUCGAGUACACCCCCGACCAGAUCGAGGAGUUCAAGGAGGCCUUCACCUUGUUUGACCGCACGCCGACCGGAGAGAUGAAGAUCACAUAUGGUCAGUGCGGGGACGUGAUGCGAGCUCUGGGCCAGAACCCGACGAACGCAGAUGUGCUGAAGGUGCUUGGGAAGCCGAAGCCGGAGGACAUGAGCACGAAAAUGGUAGACUUUGAGACCUUCUUGCCCAUGCUGCAACACAUCUCCCGUGCGAAAGAUCAGGGGAACUUCGAGGACUUUGUGGAGGGUCUCAGGGUUUUUGACAAGGAGGGCAACGGCACCAUCAUGGGAGCGGAGCUGCGUCACGUGCUGGCGACGCUGGGAGAGAGGAUGACGGAGGACGAGGUGGACAGACUGAUGGCCGGACAGGAGGACGCCAAUGGAUGUAUCAAUUAUGCCUCCUUUGUAAAGCACAUUCUCUCUGGGUAAAGAAGACUAUUUAACCAGAAAGACUUCAUUUUAUUGUUUCCCCAAUUUCUGAACCCUUGCCUGUGAAGAGGUGGGCUUGUCAUUUAAUCAGUGGCAUUAUUUUUGUGCUGUCAAAAGCAGAAGUUGGUAUUUAAUGGAAACAAAAAAAAAACUUUGAUUAGCUCUUUUUAAUAAACACUCUAAAAUAUAAUGAAAUGUCAGAGAGACAA